CAGCUAACGCCUUCACCCUUCUUCCCACGGCCCGUGAUUUCGUCAUGUGUUAUUGAUAUGGCUGGAUUCAAUGGUAAAUUCUCGAUCUCCUCGUGAGCGUCGACACCGCUUUCGAAUCGCAAUCUUCACUGCGGUUGGAACAUCCUUGGAUCGAUAUGUCGUUUGGGCAGAACCUUGGGUCCGGAAUGGGCCCUCCGUCCAAGGUCGCAAUCCCUCGGCUUGAAAGACCUGGCGAAACAAGCUACAGGCAUAGCGGAACCAACAGACACAGAGUCCAGCGAGCCUGUGUGACAUGCCGGACGCGGAAAGUGAAAUGCAAUGGAGUCCAACCCUGCCAAAAUUGUCGUGACAACGACACGGCAUGUGUUUAUAUAUCAAGUCGAAAAGAUCGGCUCAGAACGGCCACAAACCAGAAUCAAGAUAUGAUUAAGAUAUUGAAAGACCUACUUGAACGAGUUGGAACUGUGGAUAGGAAAAGAAUUGAGAGUGUGCUAGCAGGUGUUGUUGAAGAUGUCGCGGAUGCCGCCUUGUCAAUCCAAAAGUCCCCCGAAACAAAAAGAUUCCCCGAUCAGGAAGAGGAAAGGGGGGAAGCUUUGGCUAGUGCAGAAGUUGGAUCAAAUGAGGAUCUGGAUCUCCUUGACGAGGACUUGCUCAGUAGCGAGCAAUCACGAGCAACAGGGUUCAUAGGCAAGAAUUCUGAGAUUCAAUGGUUCCGUCGCUUGCACCAUGACGUAGACCGCCCAGCUGAGGAUGGUGAUAAGUACGAGGGUCCAUACGGCCCACCAGGAGACAACCCUAAUGCAGCUGCACAGCGACCUCCGUCGCAACUGAGCAAUUUCAACUUUUAUUUGGACGACGAAAAGCUCGAGACAGAUUCGAUGGUUGAUCCUCUCGAACUACCACCAUUUGCGAUAGCGGAGAAACUCUUCAAUUGUUACAUGCAAUCCGUGCAAACCUCCUUCCCGAUCCUUGCCGAAAGAAUUUUCAGGAACCAGUUCUAUCACUUCUACGCUUCGGUAGGCCGGGGGACACCCAUCAAUUUGCCCGAAAAGUGGCAGGCGAUAUUGAACCUAGUUUUUGCCGUCGGCGCUGUCUACUCUCAUUUGACGGAAGCGAACUGGCGUGGCGAUGAGCGAGACCAUGUGAUAUAUCACUCACGUGCAAGUAUCUUAGGCCUCAGAGACCCUUCUUGGGUGUCCAAUCCCGAUCUCUUGCAAAUGCAGAUAAUUGGACUUCUAUCUCUAUAUUACCUUGCUAUUGGGCACAUUAAUAAGGCUUGGGUUGUCAUUGGCAUCUCGGUACGGCUUGCCUAUGCGCUUGGAUUACAUGUACGAAAUGAAGAUCGAUCGACUUCCGCAGUGAGGAAAGAGACUCUAGUACGAAUGUGGUGGGGUCUUUAUUCUCUGGAACGAGUUCUGUCCGCCGUCUCUGGCCGCCCAAGUGUUGUGCACGAGGUGUAUUGCUCAGUGCCACUGCCGCUACCGCUCUCUACCGAAGAGAUGGACGAGGCAACCGUAGUCGCUCAUCUCGACAGCCGGGCCAGAAAACCCGGAUCGCAUGACCUGGCCUAUUCAGGAACGGGCUCAACAACAUCCUCAAGGAAAGGCUCCUCUAUUCCCGCUUGGUCCCUCAGUGAGCCGUCAAAUUCAGGGUCAUUUCUUAAUAGCUGGGCUAAGCUCGGUAUGAUCACGCAUAACACCAUCAUCGGCUUGUACUCUGCAAGACUUGUCAGCAAAUCUUGGGAAGAUGUGCAGAAAAUCAUUGUGGAGCUCAGCCAGGAACUUGAAACCUGGGCGUCAAAUCUACCGCCCGGUUUCAACUUUUCACUACCCAACAGCGACCAGAUUUUCCGGCGUGAGCGGCUGAUACUCGAAAUGUAUUAUCAAAGCACGAGGAUUCUCAUUACCCGAUCCUGCUUGUGUAGACUCGACCGCCGCAUUGAGAAUCAAAGUGAGGGAUCCAACAAUUUCAACAAAAGAACUGCCCAGUCUUGCAUCAGCGCAGCAAUAUCAGUAGCACAGCUUUUCCCAGAUAAGAUCGAACCCGCAAAGCUCUAUCAGAUGGGUCCAUGGUGGUCUGUUGUUCACAGUCUCAUGCAGGGUCUCGCAAUCCUGCUCCUGGAACUCUCCUAUGAGGUCACCCAUUCUACUCAGGAAUAUCAAACAAUCCAGGAUUGUCAGCAAAUUGCCUCAUCACUGCACAAGCUCAUGCGGUGGUUAAAGGCCAUGGCUCAAAACAACGCCACCGCAAAACGUGCCUACAGCGUAGUACUCGGGCUCGUCCAGAAGGUCAUCAAAAACGUCAAGCCAGAAAUUGCUGAGCUACUAAGAAAUGAUACCAAGUAUACGCCAACAUUUGAACCCCAAGCAUCGAGCUUUAGCGCAAGGAAAUCUCCGGUCUUAGCAGAAGAAUCAUCGGAGUGGUUGAAGAGUGGUGCUGGGAAGAAUUUUAGCAUUCACCCACACGACAUCACGAUGAACCCAUGUGAAUACGAAACAACGAACCGCCCGGGCAUCCCUCAGGCUAAAGAAGGAUUCUCCAGGCAGGCUGAUACACCUGCUGCUUUUCAAGACUUCUUAGCGAAUACAGGACCUCUGUAUUCAAUAUUCACGCAUCUAUUCACUACGACUCAUGAUGAACAGAAUCCUCUUCCAUUCGCCACCACCAUAGAUGGGGAUCAAGAAAUGUUAAACGAGCCUGACCAGCAGCAAUCAUUCUGGGAUUGAUGUCAAUUUACAGCUAUCCAUGCACCGAGGUUCUCGUUGUUUUGCUACACGUUCUCAGAGUCUAACUGUUGAACAUUUGCUGGGAUAAGGGAGAACGCCAAUAUAGUGUAUAUUUAUGUCCUAAAUUGCCUCUGCUAUGUUCCAGAGGAGAGGCUCGUCCUCAUUUUCUGAAUGGUAUCUUUUCUACUAGGUCUUAUCCAGAGAAGACACCUAUAUUUAUAAUGGUACACGUAAUUACUUGGGACACUUGAUGGAUGUCAAAAUUUGGAUUUCUUCCGUAGAUCUCAUGAAUUUUCACGUCGACAAGAUAGUAAAGAAGAUCGAGAGACUCAUUAAUGGAAAGCUAUCAGACUAGGAG